CUUGAAGCAGUGGGGCGGCGGGUGCCCGGCACUUUCGGUUGGGCAGGUUGACUCGGGACCCCCUACCAGACAGUCCCGGAGAUGAGGGGGGGUCGGGGCGAGGGAGGCUAGAGCCGAGACCGGAGAAUCGAUUGGCGCCUUAGCCUUUCUUCACCUGACAGCCUCCGGAGGGAUAGGUUGAAACAGCUCCUGGAUCCAGACUCCCCGAGGGUCAGGAGACAAGAUGCCGUCACAAUUUUUGUCAUCUUCUGAAGCAGAUAAAGUAAAAGAUUACUCAGGCAAGAAGAACAUGCCUUACAAGGUCUUUUUCAAAGAUCUCUUUCUUUUCAAAGAAAAUGAAAUGGAAGCAAAGAAAAAGGAGAAGUUUAUAAACCGCAGCAUGAAAGUCCACCAAAAGUCCACUUUCUCAUCCCGAAUGAAGAGUCGUUCACACCUGAGCCAACUCUCAUUCUACUCUGACAAAGGUGGAGUUUCAUUUGACAAAUAUGGGCUAGAUCCCGCUCUUAUUCUCAGAUUAACAGAAGGUUCAGAUUCAAAAAGGACUGUCCAUGAAUUUAUUAAUGACCAAAGAGACAGGUUUCUGCUUGAGUAUGCUUUGUCAACCAAAAGAAAUAAAAUUAUGAAGUUUGAAAAACUCAUAGCAUUGAAGGAAAGGCAGCUCAUGAAAGCAGAAAAAAAGCUCCAGGAAGAUUCAAUAGCUUUUGAAGAGUUCCUUCGAGAAAAUGAUCAGAGAUCUGCAGAUGCCCUUAAAAUUGCAGCACAGGAAACUAUAAACAAACUCCAGGUCACAGCGGAGCUGAAGAAGGCGAGCAUGGAGGUGCAGGCGGUGAAGAGUGAAAUAACAAAGACAGAAUUCCUCCUUAAAGAAUAUAUGAAAUAUGGGCGUUUUCUGCUGAAAUUGUCUCCAAAACAUUGGCAACUCCAGCAAGCUCUGAAAAGGGCACAGGCAUCCAAAAAUAAAGAAAACAUGAACGUCAUCCUUUCCAAAAGACCAAAAACAAGUGCAAAGAUGAAAGAGAGCCAUGAAGGUAUCAUGAAGACAUCGCUUACAGAAGACUCUGCAGUGGGAAGCAGCAGCCAAGGAGGGAAACAACAGAAGACCAUAAGAAAUCUCUCCUCAGAGCAUAAGAGAUCGAUCUCCAAUCAAGCUGAAAGCAUCAGUUCAGAAGACAGUUUCGAUUUCUUUCUAGAUGGUGAUAUAGACUAUGAUCUGGAGCCAGAGCUUUAUUUUAAAGAACCAGAAGAGUUACUUCAAGUCCUCAACGAGCUGGAAGAGCAAAAUCUUACGUUGGUACAGUAUUCCCAAGAUGUCGAUGAGAACCUUGAAGAUAUAAAUAAAAGGGAAAAACUUAUACAUGACAAAAUAAAUAGCAACAUAGAUUUUCUCCUGGAGCAUAAGAACAUGCUUAAGGAGAGCUGUGUGAGAGAAGAGGAAAAAGCGGCAGAAUUGGAAUUAAGGUCCAGACUGUUUAGUUUUGGACAAUUUAACUCAGAUGCUCAGAAGCGGGCAUUUGGGCAGAAUGCUACCUGGAAAGAGAUUAAGUUUGCCCGGAAGUUUAUUGAGAUCCUCUCAAGUGAGAAAGCAUGGCAUAAGUUGGCGACAAAUGAUGCGAAUUUUCUUGUGGUCCCGACACACAUUAUCAACAAGUUCCAGCAUUACCACCAGCAGAUAAAACGGCGCAGUAGCCAGGAAAAACUGAUAGAUUCUCUUAGCAGAAAAAUUAAUCAAGUAUACAGAAUCUGCAUUGGCGAUGCUGAGGUUGGCAGCCUCAACCCAGUUCAAAAGCUGGUAAAAGUAGAGUCUCGCCUGGUGGAACUGAGUGAUCUCAUCGAAUCUAUUCCCAAAGAAAAUGUGGAGGCAAUCGAGAGAAUAAAACACAAAGAACGGCGACAAAAGUUGCGUGAAGAGAAAAUGAAAGAAAAACAAAGACACCAGGAGGAAAGGCUAAAAGUUGCUCUCCAAAGAGCAGUAGCACAACCAAAGAAAAAGGUGGGAAGACGACUUAUGUAUCGCUCACAACCUCCAUCUGCUAACAAGCACGAGCUACUUUUAGUCAGGGAUACAAAAACAAAAUCGCAAGAGGAUGAGUAUUUUUUCACUUGAGUAGAAGCAGUAAGACAUUUAUUACCAAAUGUUUUGGACAUAUUUUGUAGAUUUUGGUUUUUAGUAAGAGCAAUACUGUGCCCCAUAGGCUGCCUAAACUACGUGCAGACGACAGGCCCUUAUUCCAAAGGUCAUAGGACUGGGAAUGAGGGUGACUUUCUUUUGUUGAAGCUUUUUAAUAUCUACAUUCUAAGUGCUAUUCUACAUAGCUAAACAUUUAAAUCUAUAAUUUGACUUGUCCCAGUAGGGAGUGCACAUCCAAAGUUACUUUAUUAAUGUAACUCUAUGGUGGAUGGCUGUUAAAGCACAAUAAUGGUAUUCUCCACCAUCUUGACUUUGAAUGUUUUUUCAACCAGUUUUUGGGAAAGUUAUACAUUGUACCAGUGUAGAGAGUACAUUUCAAUAGUGCACAGGUCUAAAAUAUCUGAAGGGUUGUGAGGGGUUUAUAACUUUAAAUAAAAACCUCUAGAUUAUGUUUCCUCAGAACAUAACUGUGAGAGUGGUUUUUAAUUCACAUUAAAGAAUUCUGGGGCCUCCCCAGUGGCGCAGUGGUUGAGCGCUGGGUUGCGAGGCUGCCCGCAGCCUCUGCGACGCUGGUUCGAUCCCUGGAUGCCCCCCAGCCACUGGAGGAGGGUCCAGCAUGGCGUGCAGAGACCUCUCUUGCUGCCCGCUGCUCCCCUCAGCAGUGUACCUUGGUCCUUCUGCCUGCUCUGCUCCCCGCUCUGGCUGUGGUGAAUUCUCUCACCCUCCCGCGCUUCUGACCGUACCUGUUGCUUGUAUAAAUA